AGUGGAAAUGCAUUCUUCUUCUUGUGAAUAUCUGCGAAAGACUAGAUGCUUUUUGGCAUAUUGCCAACCUUUUUCAGUUCAGAAUGUGCAUUCCACAUUGUGACAAAAAAUACGAAAUAAAUACAGGGCAAAGGGUAAUGGGAAAACUUAAUUGCCACACCAUCUUACCCUGCACCUAUAUGCUUUCCCCAAAAACCCACCACCCCAUCCCACUACUUUGGCCCUAAACGAUCCUACACCAGGCAGUCGGCCUGGGAGGAUGGAACCCCUUCUCUCAAAAUUUCCUGUAGAUCUUCUGCACUAAAAUGUCUCACACCAUAAUAUUUCUCUGCUGCUGCAACUAACACAUCUAUCUUCUGUGAUUUCCGCUCCAUCAGUGCAGUGCAGUUGAUCACAAAGGCUAUAAAAGCAAGGAAUUCAACCUUACUAUAAUUCAUCCUCUCUGUUUCUCUCUCUCUCUCUCUCUCUCUCUCUCUCUCUUCAGGACCUAAUCACUGUGGGCCUCCCAGUCGACUCCCUCACCCUUGGGCUAUCCUCUACUCUCUUCACUGCCUCAGCUUAGGAAACGUUCUUCCCCAAUCGGACUCUGGCAAUCUCAACCUGUCUCUCUCUCACUUCAGAUUCCCAGCUGCAUGGGCACCCCCACAGUUGACACACUGUGCUUUCUCUAUCCCAACUGUACACUCCCUCUGACUAUGCCCUCCUGCACAUUUCUCACAUUGUGGGAUCUCCCUUCUACACUCUGCUGCAACAUGUCCGAAUCCUUAGCACCUAAAGCCCCAAAGCGGGUUCGAAACAUAGGCCCUCACAGAAUAGCAAAUAUAAUUGCCACCGGGUCAACGUCUCACCAAACGGCGAGCGUCACAAACACUAUAAGUCAUAUUACUUCGUUUGAAAACAGGAGAUGUAGGUAUCUACACAUUGAACGAAGGUGUAAACUCAGGAGACAAAUCUCUGAUCUUAACAGCGCCAUUCUUGCUUUCAUGUCAUCGAACCUCCUCCGUCCGUCUCGUGUUCCUUUUUUUUCCUCAAAUCCGUCUCGUGUUCCUUCUCUUUCCUCAAAUCUGUAUCCCACCGAAGAUUAUGGAUAAACUGACAAGAUACAUGUCUCUCCGCCCUAACAACAAGGCAGUGGGCUGUCUAGCUAUCCUUUCAUUGGAUUGGUGGAUAUGUCUCAUUAUUGCAAUCCUAUUAAAAAUAUUCGAUGAGGGUUGUUGACGUGAACUGCCUGUAUUCAAUGGAGAGAGCUUCUAUGUUACUAGCUUCAUGCCAUGAAUAUGCAUAGUCAUCUUGAGACAACUCUAAAUAAAGUGUUUUUUUCCCCUCAAAUUUGCCAGGAUGUCACAUGUCCUACUUAUAUUAGUACACUUGUAACAACUUAAACAUUACGAAACUUCUAUUUGAUCAGAUAAACCUCAUGUAGCAAAUAAGACAUACACUAUUUGGGGACCAAAUUCGACACUCAUUGACCUCCAUACUAAACCUCUUUGCUUGGUGUGCGAAACAAUGAAAAACGCCACCUGCUGGAGGGAGACAGAUUUUCCGCAGAGUUGGGCCUCUCUUCCUCUCUGAUCCCUCUCGUGUGAACGCCACCAAGUGGAAAUGCUAACCGGAUGCUUCAGAUUCAUACAUCCGGUGAAACAUCUGGCUUAUUGUUUUAUUUGUGAUCAAAGUGCAGACUGGCCGAUCACGUUAUGACGACAUGCGGAAGCAGAAACACGGGUUGAAACUAAAGACAGUACAGUCACAUAUAGAACAAUGAGCAAGAUAUUUCACCAGACCUUUAGGUGUGAAGCAUCCGGGUAUCCACCCACUACCACAUAUGGUGAUGAUAGGAAGCCAAGUGUCCGGCAGUGGGAGAAGAUGGAACGAGAUGGAUUUUGGCAGACGUUGUGCUAAUUUUCUCAUCGAUAAAACGUUUGAUUUCACACGCGCACUUCACAGAGUAGGAGUUCCCUAAGCAGAAAUAUGCAAAUGCCUGCUAGAACGCGACAAUAGGAACUCGCUAGCUUGUGCUUGGCUCUGCCCCCCGCCCCCUUGUUUGUUCUGCCCACUGUGACUCAUUUGUCACAUUGGAAACGAAAGACUGUGGUGUAUCUGUGGUACAGUGUGUUGAAACUGAAUUAAACAUCGAAUCAUAUGAGCAAAGGCAGCUUCAAAAUUAUUUAUGAUUGCGUCGUCCGCAACAACACUGAAAUAUUCCUAUACGAUUCAGUGCGCUCCUUAAAAAAAAAGCAUAGCAGCGGGCUUUCUGUAUUUCCUGGUUACUGCAGCAUUAUUAAUGUGUAUACAGGCCUGUACUGUGUUGACUGACUGGUUAUGAUACGAGUGGGACGGAACUGGGUUGGGCCGAUUCGAAUAGCACUUAGCCUGUUAGGAUUUCCAUUUUGCCUCUGCACCUCAGGAAUCAGGCCUCUCACCUCAUUCUCUCCUGACCAGUUUAUUGCCAGAGUUAGUAAAAGCCUCAGUCCCAGUGGCUGUAGUCUGUGUGUGCUACCGCCCAGUGUCUUCACCAUGCCCUGCUCGGCCCCUCACAACAAGGCCAGAUGCCCAAAGUACCCCGGCUCAGAGACACAGCGGUUCCCAGUGCCUGAUGACAAAGUUGACUGGAAUACUGAUUGGCCCCAGUACAGACCAGUGGGCUACACUGCCCCAUCUGUGCUCAUCAAGCCUGUAUGGGCCGAUCAGGACAUCAGGUCUUUCUCCCCACGGUUUAACGCUCUGGAUGGCAAUGUGGACAGGCGGAGUCACGAGGGAGACUACAGAGUGGAGCAAGGCAUGCCACUAAAUCCUCGCGGCCGCACUGGUUUGACUGGGAGAGGUUUGCUGGGACGAUGGGGACCCAAUCACGCAGCAGAUCCCAUUGUUACCAGGUGGAAGAGAGACUCAGCUGGACAGCAAGUGUCGCACCCAGUGUCCAAACUGCCAGUUUUGCAGUUUGUGUCCAUCAAGAGGAGAGACUGUGGGGAAUGGGCCAUCCCAGGGGGUAUGGUAGACCCGGGGGAGCUGGUGUCCCUCACCCUGCAGCGUGAGUUCUCAGAGGAGGCUCUGAACUCCCUGGCAGCUUCCCCCCAGGACAGAGAGCGGAUCCACGAGCGCAUCACUCAGCUGUUCAACUCGCCGGGUCUGGAGGUUUAUAAGGGCUAUGUAGAUGACCCAAGAAAUAAUGACAACUCUUGGAUGGAAACGGUUGCUGUCAACUUCCAUGAUGAUACAGGUAACAGUGUGAGCGAGCUCCCAUUGCAAGCGGGCGAUGAUGCCGGGCAAGUCCACUGGAUCGACCUUGACUCCGUCCUAUCCCUCUAUGCAAGCCACUCCCAGUUCUUGGAGGUGGUCGCCAAGGAGAGGCAUGCUCACUGGUAACCAAGGAAACUGUCCUCACGUUCAAGAGGAUUGGCCGGAGCAAGGCCCUGCAGCAUUAUCACUAUGUUUUGGCAUCAUGGCCUUGGUCAGGGAGUAACGAAACAAUGAGAGCAUGUCUUCUUUUGAACAAAUCAUGUUCCCAUCAGCCCUGAUUAGAGGGAGUGGUUACAGAGUAACCACAUAGUAAACAGUGAAAAGCAAUAGGUAAUAUACAUUCUAAAUAUAUAUACACUAUCAAAAUGCAUAUUGAGGUUAGAAGCAGUAGAAAGGUCUAAGUAGUUACGGCCUUUUUAUUUCACCAUUAUUUAACCAGGUAGGCGAGUUGAGAACAAGUUCUCAUUUACAACUGUGACCUGGCCAAGAUAAAGCAAAGCAGUGCGACACAAACAACAACAGAGUUACACGCGGGAUAAACAAAUGUACAGUCAAUAACACAAUAGAAAAGUCUAUGUACAGUGUGUGCAAAUGUAAUAAGGUUAGGGAGGUAAGGCAAUAAAUAGGACAUAAGAGGCGAAAUAAUUACAAUUUAGCAUUAACACUGGAGUGAUAGAUGUGCAGAUGAUGAUGUGCAAGUAGAGAUACUGGUGUGCAAAACAGCAACAACAAAAUUAACAAUUAAAUAUGGAAGGACAAAAACAUAUAUAGUGAGAAGAGCCAUACUACAAAGCUCACUAGAUGGCAACAACUAUGAACCACAAAACAUAGAAAAGGGUAAUAGGGCUAAAAACACACCACAAAGUAGUUUUAGCAAACUAUUGACCCUACAGAAAUGGUGAGAAAUAAAUUUGUGUCCUUCCAUAUUCAAGGCAAGAACCACUUAGACCUCUAAUGCUUCUAAUCUUAAUAUGCGUUUUGAUAUAUCUAUUUAGAAUGUAUAUUACCUAUUGCUGUUUACUAUGUGGUGUCCACCAAUGACUAAUGUGUAACCACUCUGUAAUCAGGGCUGAUGGGAACCUGGUUUGCUCAAAAGAAGACAUGCUCUCAUUGUUUCUUUGUUACUCCUUGACCAAGGCCAUGAUCCCGAAACGCGUCUGAGUUUAGCUUUUGCUUCAAUUAAAAAUGCCGUGAUCAAAAAUAAAGGCAUUUUAAACAAUA